AUGCGAACAAAUGCUUCUCAUCACCUGCUCAAGCCGAGUACUUCACCACAAACCCUUUUCCAUGAGGUGGAUCAGGCCAAAACAGCCGAUCGAAAGAUUAUCGUCGGCAUUGAUUUUGGGACCACAUACUCUGGAGUAGCCUGGGCUGAGAAUCGCAACCCAUCACGACGGACUUGUAUCACGCAAUGGCCUGUAUCUAAUGCCAAUAAGGAAGUACAGUCUAGCGAUAAAGUCCCCUCAAGAAUUCGAUACAGCGGAUACAAGAUCGAAUGGGGGUUUUCUGUCCCUGUGAAUGCACCUCAACAUGAAGUUGUUGAUUGGUUUAAGCUGGGCCUAGACCCUUCCACACAGGCUGCUGGCCACAAUCAAAGAGCCGAGGGUGCACGAAGCGGCCGAAAUACCGACGAACUUGUCACCGACUUCAUUGCGCAGCUCGUUGAGCAUCUUAUGUACACCUUGCGCGAGAAGCUCGGCAGCGGUCUUGUCAAGAGCACUUCUUUGGAAUUUGUCAUCAUGGUACCGGCUAUUUGGAGCGACUUAGCAAAGGAAAAGACUAAGAAGGCAUGCGAACAAGCUAUGAUUUCCGCGUCCGAGCACCACGUCCAUUUGGUUUCCGAACCCGAAGCAGCUGCUAUUUAUGCCCUUCAUGACUUGGACCUGAACGCGCUUCACCCCGGAGACACCAUCGUUGUGGUCGAUGCAGGCGGCGUACAUAAAGUCCCCUACUGCUUUGAAGUAGUUGUGAUCAACUUCUUUGCAUACCAUCAUUAA